ACUGUGGGACUCCCGAGUCCUCUGGGGGGGGCCCCUGGCCCUCUGGGGCGGGCCUGGAGAGGCGGAGCUGCGGGGCCUCCUUAUCGCCUGAGCCAGCUCCUGCUCCCUGGCGCCAGGUCCCUUUUUGGGGUCUCUUUGCCAUGAGGUCUCUGCUUCUCCUGUUGCUGCCCCCUUUGCUGGUGGCCGCCUACCCGGUAGGUGGGAGCGCGUGGACGCCUCAGGCUGAGCUGUUGCAAACCCCCAACCCCAGCCCCAGCCCCAGCCCCAGGCCCAGGCCCAGCCCCAGCCCCAGGCCCAGGCCCAGGCCCAGCCCCAGCCCAGGACCCGGCCCCGGCCCCGGCCCCAGCCCCAGCCCCAGCCCAGGCCCCGGCCCCGGCCCCGGCCCCAGCCCAGGCCCCGGCCCCGGCCCCAGCCCUCCCGCGCCCUUGGGAGCCUCAGUGCCCUUCUGGGUGCGUCUGAGCCCGAAGCUGGUGGAGGUGGCCCCGGGUCACUCCGCCUGGCUGAACUGCAGCACGAGCUGCCCCCUGCCGGAGAGACCCAGCUUCUUCACCGACCUGCGGCUCGGCCGCACGGCCACCGGGCCGGGCUGGGUGUCCUUCGAGGUGGUGAAUGUGACGGCCUGGACCUCCAUCGUGCGCUGCUCCGCCACCUGCGCGGGGAAAACGCGCCAGACGGCGGCGAAGAUCAACACUUACAAGCGGCCACGCAGCGUGAUCCUGGAGCCGCAGGCCCUCGUGGGCGGCCGCUACACCCUGCGCUGCUAUGUGACACACCUGUUCCCCGUGGGCUUGCUGGUGCUGACCCUGCGACGUGGCGGCCGGAUCAUGUAUUUUGAACGCCUGGAGCGCUUCAAAAGCCUAGAUCUGGCCAACGUGACCCUGACCCACACGUUUCACGCCAGGCCCAGAGACCUCUGGCAGCCCAUGACCUGCCACGCGCGCCUCAAUCUCAGCGGCCUGGUGGUGUACAGCAGCUCGGCACCUGUCAUCCUGACAGCCCUGGAUUGGAGCCCUGAGUCCAAAGCCUUGGCCUACACAUCCAUUGCGGCCUUCGUGGGGAUCCUUCUAGCACUGGGGGUCACCUUCCUGAACAGAUGCCUAGCAACGCGACAUACAGGGAAGUGCUCUGCCGGCUGAGAGCAAGGGAAAAAAAAUCUGGAACAAUUUGCAAUUCGGAAAACUGCUCAGACCAAUAAAGAUUCCCCUUGGCUUUUGCUA